AUGCGUCGCAGAGGGUACUCCAAGGCACCACCCGCGCUCUCCUUGGCGUCCCCUGUCCUGACGCGAAGAAGUGACCCGAAAGUUUUAUAUCAGCAGUGGCAGCCGCAGCACAGCUUGCCAUGUCUUCGCGUGGUGCGUCCGUUAGGGAAAGGAAACGGUAGUGAUAAUGGCCGUGACCCGGCUGUGAGACACACCUUGGACACGUCUCAUGCCGGCAGUCUCGCGGAUAUUUCAGUUAGCGACAUUCCUGAUAGUAGCCGUGGCGUUUCGUCGCCGCAAGAGGAAGCGUUGCGCAGGAGCGCGGAGCACCUCGCCAGGCGUGUGCGACAAGUCCAAGCGCAGGAGACGCGACAACGCACGCUCCUUCUAAAGGAAGCGGCGGAGCUCUUCGCCGAUAUGAUCCUCCACCACGGUGUAUGCCUUGAUAUUGCCGCGUCCUGCGCCGUUCUGCAAGCCUCACGAAACACGCAUGCUCAGGCUGAGGCGCAGCAGGCUCAGCAGUGGCAGUUGCAGAUUUUGCGGGAUACACUGAAUGACACUGUCACUGAGGAGAAGGAGGCUCGCAAAUCUCUUGAGCUGGCGGCGCUGUCGGUGCGCAGAUCAUUGGUGCAGUUGCACCGUGCUGAAGCUCAGCCACUGCUGCAGCGAGAAGCAUUUUUUCGACUGAUGCAUGCCGAGCACGUGCGGCGCGCCUUCCUGCACCGUGAGGAGGCACGUGCGGUGGAGGCGAUGGGGAUUCCGUACUUCAUUUCUCUUCCUUGCCGAUCAGUCCCUGCCGAGGCCGCCUUUGAGCCCCGGAAAGGGGGCAAGGCAGAUGUCAAGGAGGGUGUCACUGAAUUGAACAAGAUCGACUUGAUGGCCCAGGAGCGGUGUCCGUUUCAGUGCGCUGCGGAUUGUCCAUACAUGACACAGCGUACGCGGCAGCUGGGCAAGCGCUGGGCGGCUGCAGUGACCAGCUGCGAGGACACGCGUGUCACUACCGCCUCCCUCCGCCUCGACCGUCGCGGGGCUUCUCUACCCCCCGUCACCCGGGCGUCGCGGCAGUGGCAAGUGCCUGGGCUAGGGAUUACGGAGGUUGGCAAGCAGCGCGUACGGAACGCGAUGAUGAUGGGGCACUACAGUGCCACUGCUGAGUUUCUGCCAGGACUACGCCUGUAA